UUUUCGCGCGAAAGGUAGAAAGUGCAGCCAAGUAAUCCUUUGUACUAGACAACUUUUUUUUUUUUUAGCUAGCUACGUGUAAAAGAUAACUAGCUAUAUUACUACGCUACAGCGCAUCUUCGUUUAUAUUAAACUGCUUGAAAUUUGAUCAACUUGCCCGUUCGACUUUUAUCAGACGAGUGGCUGUCUCUUUUCUGUCUGUAAUUAUGGUCCGCUACUUUACAAGACUGAGAGUGAGACGUAUCUACAAAUGGGGCGGAAGACCUUAUAUCUUCGACAGAAAAUUAAAGAGUUAUGGCUUUGAGUACUUGAACAUGAGCGUGGAGGGUCAGGAGGCAGUCACCACUGUAACACCUGGCCAGUACAUCCUCAUUGAGGGAAAUGAUGAUGAAUACCCCUUUGUUGCCAAGCUUCUCAAGUUAUUUGGCGAUGAGUCCCACAAGCAGAAGAAGGCGCUGGUGCAGUGGUUCUUGCGCUUGUCUGAGGUGCCCCAAAAUAAGAAGUUGUUGCUGGGCAGGAGCCCCCAUCCCCAGGAGAUCUUCUACUACCUGGGACGUGCCUGUGACGAUGAGAUCAACGCAGAAUCCAUCCUUGGCACUGUACAUGUCCAGCACGUCCCUGAAGAUACUCCUUUUCCAGAGCCUGGAACCAAGGACACCCUCUAUGUAAAGCUGUCCUGGGACACCAAGGCCUUCAAUGUUUUAGACCCUGUCCUGAUGCAGGAUACCUCUGCCUCAACCCCCCCCAAACCUGCUCUCCCUCUGUUUACCCCCUGUGCUUCCCCCACGGCAACCCCUGUGUCUCGGGGCCCGGUGCAUCAUGCCCUGCCCACCCCAGACCCCACAGUGAUGAGGAGAGCAGGGUCUGUGUCUGACACUAGAGCCACCAUGAGCGCCGGGAAGAGGAGUACCCUUGAGGCAGAGUCGAUCCACUCUGCCUCCAAGCUCUCUGCCUCUAAAAUCCUGAGCGCCAAGAGGAGGGGCAGCGCUGCAGACACACCGGGUGUACGCAAGAAACUACAGCUCAGCAUCGGGGCUAGUCCAGGGAAGAAAAUGACCAGAGCAGAUGUCCUCUGUGAGCUCUUGGAUGAAGAGAUGGAGUCAGAGAAAGUUGUAUCCCUCAAACUGAGCUCCUCGGUUUCACACUCCCUCCAGCAUGGCUGCAGCCUCUCUCCCAUGAGAAGUGGCUGCAAGACCCCUAACGGCCAGAGGAGGUUCCCCUGGAAGCUCACCUCGAUCAGCCUGGACAGACUGUCUCCUACUGCCCUGGGAGAACAGGACUUUUCCAGUGACCUGUUGCUGGCAGUGAUUCCCCUGGCCCUAGAGGAUGAGGUAUUUGAGGCAGGGUUACCUACAGACGCUGGCUCUGCCAACACCCCCAAGAAGAGACAGGCCACCCCCAGGAGGAACUAUGUUAGGGGACAGAAACCUACCACCCCCUCCAGGAGGAAAGAGUCUGCCAUGGCCAUUAGAGAGCCUGCUCUGGGGGUGCUGGCGGAGGAGGACUCUGAGGACUCUCCCAUGCAGCCGAUUGCCUUGACUCCUCGCUCCAAGAGGAAGUCAGCCCAGCUGGUGUCGUUACGCAUCAGGAAGCAGUUGAAUCUGUUGGACAAUACCCAAGAGCUGAUCUCCGAUGGCGAUGAUGACUGUUUCGUUCCCUCCAAGAAGGAACUACAGAGCAGCAGCGAUGAAGAGAAGACCGAUAGUGAGGAAGAGACCGUGGCGAGGAAGACCAGAGGAAGAAAUUGCAAGACCUCCGUCAGGACCACACACAAAACGCCCAGCAAGAAGAAGGAACUACAGAGCAGCAGCAAUGAAGAGAAGACCGAUAGUGAGGAAGAGACCGUGGCGAGGAAGACCAGAGGAAGAAAUUGCAAGACCUCCGUCAGGACCCCACACAAAACGCCCAGCAAGAAGAAGGAACUACAGAGCAGCAGCAAUGAAGAGAAGACCGAUAGUGAGGAAGAGACCGAUAGUGAGGAAGAGACCGUGGCGAGGAAGACCAGAGGAAGAAAUUGCAAGACCUCCGUCAGGACCACACACAAAACGCCCAGCAAGAAGAAGGAACUACAGAGCAGCAGCAAUGAAGAGAAGACCGAUAGUGAGGAAGAGACCGUGGCGAGGAAGACCAGAGGAAGAAAUUGCAAGACCUCCGUCAGGACCACACACAAAACGCCCAGCAAGAAGAAGGAACUACAGAGCAGCAGCAAUGAAGAGAAGACCGAUAGUGAGGAAGAGACCGAUAGUGAGGAAGAGACCGAUAGUGAGGAAGAGACCGUGGCGAGGAAGACCAGAGGAAGAAAUUGCAAGACCUCCGUCAGGACCCCACACAAAACGCCCAGCAAGAAGAAGGAACUACAGAGCAGCAGCAAUGAAGAGAAGACCGAUAGUGAGGAAGAGACCGAUAGUGAGGAAGAGACCGUGGUGAAGAAGACCAGAGGAAGAAAUUGCAAGACCUCCGUCAGGACCCCACACAAAACGCCCAGCAAGAAGGUCACCCCAAGUACCCCCCGUUGUGCCACUCCCUGUAUUCCCAGCCGGACUGUUCCAGCCAGGCAGCCUGGGAACAUCCUGGAGGAGGCCAGGGCUAGGCUGCAUGUGUCGUCAGUACCAGAAUCUCUUCCCUGUAGGGAGCAGGAGUUCCAGGAUAUCUAUAAUUUUGUGGAGAGCAAGGUUAUGGAUGGGACCGGAGGGUGUAUGUACAUCUCUGGGGUUCCGGGAACUGGGAAAACCGCCACCAUCCACGAGGUUAUCCGGUGUCUACAGCACGCCUCUGAUAUGGAUGAAAUCCCCACGUUCCGAUUCAUCGAGAUCAACGGCAUGAAAAUGACCGACCCUCACCAAGCCUACGUCCAGAUUCUACAGAAACUGACGGACCAGAAGGUGACCGCUGACCACGCCGCAGCCCUAUUGGAGAAAAGGUUCAGUAACCCCGCCCCCAAGAAGGAGACCACCGUGCUACUGGUGGACGAGCUGGACCUUCUGUGGACCAGGAAGCAGAAUGUCAUGUACAACCUGUUUGAUUGGCCGACAAGGCGCCACGCCCGCCUGGUGGUGCUGACCAUCGCCAACACCAUGGACCUUCCUGAGCGGAUCAUGAUCAACAGGGUGGCCAGCAGACUGGGCCUGACCAGGAUGUCGUUCCAGCCGUACAGCUUCAAGCAGCUGCAGCAGAUCAUCACGUCCAGACUGAACAAGGUCAAGGCCUUCGAGGAGGACGCUUUGCAGCUGGUCUCCAGAAAGGUGGCAGCGUUGUCAGGAGACGCCCGGCGCUGUCUGGACAUCUGUCGCCGCGCCACUGAGAUUUGCGAACACUCCGCCUCGCACCCGUCCUCCGCGGGAUUGGUGAAAAUGAGUCAUGUGAUGGAGGCGCUGGAUGAGAUGUUCUCCUCCUCCUACAUCACGGCCAUUAGGUGUGCAUCGUUGCAGGAACAGCUCUUCCUGAGGGCGGUCAUUGCUGAGUUCAGGCGACUGGGACUGGAGGAGGCCACCUUCCAACAGGUGUUUGUGCAGCACCGGACUCUGAGUCGUGUGGAGGGCCUGCAGCCCAUCAGUUUGUCCGAGGGUCUGGCCGUGUGUCAGCGUCUGGGUGCGUGUCGUCUGCUGCUGCUGGAGGCCAGCCGUCUAGACAUGCUACAGCGGGUCAGACUCAACGUCAGCCAGGAUGAUGUGCUCUACGCACUCAAACCUGUCAGAGACUGAGGACCACCGGAGGUCCUAAGGUACAGGGGGGAGGAUGAAGGUCUUUUUGGGGCCUAGAAGGGAACCUGCUCCAUCACUACCAGUCAACUUGGUCAGUUUGAUAACUACAACUCCUCAGGACCACCGUUGGACCACACAGUCCCACGCCUCAACCACAGCCAAUACUACUGUACCACUCAGGACCGGGAAUCUGUCCACGGUGGGGCUUUUUAGAGGCUCAGUUUGGUUUGAUGCCGUCUUCUGAGAGGUUUUAGGAAAUCUUCUGUUUUAGUGUUCUUUUACAAAUGCUUUUCAAUGUCAUUGUUGUCAGCACAUCAUUUUUGGAAGCUCUUGAUGGGGAAACUGCAGUGCAUUUGACCACUUUAUGGAGUUCUGUCAUAAUUCAAGAACACAAAUCAUGAUUUCUAUUAUAUUGGUUUUACGCUUGUUUACUGAAAAUUGCCCUUGUUACAAAAGGAUAUUUAGAUCUGGUUGUAACUCAUUGUGUUGAUGGGAGAAGAGCCAACUUCCCAUCACAGUUAGCAAUUUGACUUUCCUCUUUAUCUGUAUUCAAGCAUUUUAAUGUUUCUCUUGUUGGUUUUAGGAUGUUCUUCAUUAUUGUUGUGUGAAUAUUGUAUCUACAAAAGUAAUAAAGAUAUUUAAUAACAA